UUCCGUGAAUGGAAAUUAUGUAAUUUUACUAAAAAAUUUUAAAAUAGCGGAAUUACGCAAUUAAAUCUACCACUACGAGAACCACUUGCCCUUGAACUCGUCAUGGAGGUGAGAGAGAUAUCCGCGGUCGAUUCAAAAGUUUCGGUUUCUCGUAACAGUCUUCUUUCUUGUGCUCCACUCCAUUGUUUUUUCCAUUCUCAAUUCCAUAUUCAAACAAAAAUUCAAAAACCCUAACCAAUCAAACAGAGGCGUUGCGCUCAUAAACAGAGACAAUGGGAAAUUUGAUGGACAAGGAGCCACCGCCACCGGUGGUGUUGGUGCCUCCGCUCUUCGAUUUUCCUCCUCUUGCUGCCCGUACCAGGAUGUUGGAGUCAUCCUAUAAUAUGUUGUUCGGAAAGCUUGCUUUGAAAUGCCUAUUUGAUGAUUAUUUUGAAAGAGCAGAGCAUUUCAGCACAAUGAUCAUGCUAAAGCCAAUUGAUGACCCUCUUGUUGAUUUGGUUGCAACUGUUUCUGGUCCACUUGAACGCAGACCUGAUGAGUAUCCUGUUGGAAAUGCAUAUUUCAGAUGGCAAAGCGAUGUUGAUGAUCCUCACACAUUCAUCGACCUUUUUGUAUCAAACUCUGAUCCGGUUUUACAGAUGAGGUCAUGUGCUUACUACCCUAAAUAUGGAUUUGGAGCAUUUGGCAUUUUUCCUUUGCUAUUGAAGAACAGAGUAUCUUCUGAAGACUAUGGUGUUAUGGGAUUGAGAUAUGGCUCAGGAAACCUAUCUUUUGGGGCCACAGUUAUGCCUUUCUCCUCAAAAGAUGAACUUCCAAAAACUGCAUGGUUGGUGAGCAAGAUGGGAAGACUAACUGCUGGGGUACAGUAUGAGCCACAAUAUGGAGGCAAAGAUGGUGCAAAGUAUAAAAAUUUGAUGAAUUGGAGCUGUGCAGUUGGCUAUGAAGUGGGAUCAAGCAGCCCUUUGUGCCCAUCAUUCAAUUUUGCUCUAGAGCUUGCUAAAAGUUCUCAGUUCAUUGCCUCAUUCUAUCAACAUGUGGUGGUCCAAAGACGGGUGAAGAACCCCUUAGAAGAAAAUGAAGUAGUUGGAAUCACAAAUUAUAUUGAUUUUGGCUUCGAAUUGCAGACAAGGGUUGAUGAUGCCAAAACAACAUCAAACAAGACAUCAGAUUCUACCUUUCAAAUAGGUGCAUCUUGGCAGGCCAAUAAGAAUUUCUUGUUGAAGGGAAAGGUGGGCCCUCUCAGCUCAUCAGUAGCAUUGGCAUUUAAGUCAUGGUGGAAACCUUCUUUUACAUUUGGCAUUUCGGCCACUAGAGAUCACACUUUUGGCAGGACAGGUUAUGGCUUUGGCCUCCGUAUUGAGGAUCUUAGAGAAGCCAGUUACCAAAGAGCUGAUCCAAAUUUUGUAAUGCUGACACCCAACAAGGAGCACUUGGCAAAUGGCAUUGUAUGGAAAAUUGGGAAAAGACCGAUGCUCCAAGCAGACGUAAAUGCUGGAAAAUUUGAUAGCAUACCAAGGGAAUUAAGGCCCCUGGGAAAAAUUUUGUAGCUUUUUGUUUUUAUACUUGGGUUUUCUUUGGUUUUAUUUUCUUGCUGGCUUGUACACGGAAUUUAGAUGUGAGUAAUUAUUGGCUAGAUGAGCAUUCUAAAGCUGGAGUUCAGAAUUUUGAUC